AUGACCCGAAGCGGCACGGGGACACGCCUCUACCUGGCAGCACUAGCGCCAGGGGAACGCAAAAAACAUACAUAUCGUUCAAUAGAGCACACGAUUGCAGUCUCAAAACGUGUUAGAAAGCGAUGUGUGCGCAAUGAACUCUACAGCGACGAAGAUAUCGACCAUGAACAGCCCAAAGACACUAACACCUGUGAUUGUGGAUGCUCAAGAGAAAUCAAUCGAAGACUGACGCUGCUAUUACACCGAUUCUUCGCAUCGAAAUACAGAUGGCUUGCAAUUCUCAAAAUAGGAAAAUGUAGACCAUCCGAACUCGAACGCGUUAGCAUGGUUAUUGAAAAACAUGGACACGAAGUCAUGGGAAAAGACAAACUUGAUUUGGAUACCAUACAACUAGACAUAUCGAGGCAACAGUGGCUUAACGAGGCGGAUGAUGCACAUAUCGUGAAACAAUCGCUCCUAACCUUCUGCGUAGUAAACAAUGUGGGAUACUGGCAAGGAUUGCAUGACGUAGCAGCAGCAUUGGUACACCUAGAACCGAAACCUACAGUGGGCGAACUUGCAGCAAUGGUUGAAAAACUUGUAUGCACAUUUGCGUCGAUACUCAUGCGCGCAACGGACGAAAUUAUUGUCAACGAUGCAACUAAAAUUGCUGCCAAAUGGAGACUCAUAUUUCUAUUCUUCUUCCCAAAGGCAGCCACAGAUCUUGAAAGACUUGCCGAUUCCAAUUCAUGGAAUAUCAACUGGUUCCUUACUAUGGGAUUCUACAGGUUCGGUUGUGCAUAUCUCGCACUAGCUUACGCUUACGCAGCAAUAGCUGCAAGCGCCGGGUGUAUGACUGCAUUCAUGUACCACGAAAUGGGAUAUCUAGGAGUUAGAGGAUAUAUGACAUGGAGACUUGCUAAAAAACAGGAUAACGCAUUGAUGACCAACAACCUAUUCGAUGACCAAAUCGAUGAUUGCACAAUAGCAAAAGCAGUUACAAAUUCAAAAAUGAUACAACUCACACCAGAUGAACUUAUCAACGUAUCCAGGAACCUAUACGACACCCUGAAUGAUGUGGAAUGCGAAAUGGCAGACUUCCCGAUGAUAGCUAUACUCAAAAUGUCCAACUUCUUCUUUAACAAAAGUCCACUCAUGCUAUACAAAAACAACGACGUGCAAUCAAAAAAUGUGGUACAGAUUGGGAUACAGGAUAUAUUCAAAACGAAUAAUGGACAAAAGUCAACCGAAACACAGUCCGCUCAACCUCAGGUCAUCACACGGUGGAUACGAAAAAGGUUCAGGAGUCCAAGACCAAGUGAAAAAAUCAGCGAUGCGUUCAACAAUGCAUUAUUCAGAAUAUAUGUCAAAAAUCUAUAUGCAAAUGUUAUCAAAAAAUCAUUCAUAUUCCCAUCAAGGUUCGCAGGUAACACUAACGCAUAUAACAUCAUCGACGUGAGGAGUUCAUAUCUCAAAUAUGGAGAACCUUUAGAUUCCUUCUUUGGAGAUAUGAACGUUAAGUAUCUCACGCAAGGAGACCUUGAUGACUUUCUCAGGGGAACAAACCUAGAUCAGACGUUCACUCUAUGGGUGAUAGUGACAGACGAUGGCUACGAUAACAUGACCGAUUCCACAUCUGUAGAGUCCCUUGACAGAGGUGUAGACAUUUACAGGAUACUGUCGAGGUCGUGUACAGGCGUGGCCAUUCUAAAGGGAGGAUACAAGGAACUUCUUAGAUGGAAAAACCUCCCAGUGCCCGCAAAAGUUAACAGCUUUCUUAAAAGGGUAUGGGAUUGGAUGCCCACAGGCAGGGUACAAGCUCCGAAAAUCGCAAUACAAAAUGUUGUCACAGCAAUCGACGGCGCACUCGGUGAUAUCUCGGAUAAAAUCACCCAGGAAGUGGUGGCUAGAAUAGGGGCGUUCAAGAAAAGAACAGUCAGAAUCCCCUGUCCCUCUAGUAAUAUCGCAAGUCACGCUAGUUCGAGGAAAACAGGGUGCAAUGGAUACGUGAUACAUAUAGCAGUUGGAAAUAAGAUGUAUGCUUCAUUCAAUUCCAACGGAGGAAUAAAAUUAAAUGGUAUAGUAUGGCAUCCGAAAACUAUAGCCAGGUUCAGAAGCAAUUUCGCUGCUAGCUUUAUGCUAUUUAUAGCAAGCAUCUUUCAAGUGGCCAACACAGAUGGUUUCCUGGAGGUUAUAACGGAAAGUGCCAGUGUUAAGGGGGCACGAUCUAUCGUCAAUCGAACAAUCUCUGAUUUUAGAGAAGGAUUGGAUGGUAAUGUACUGAUACUAUCUGAUAAUUUACAGGAAAGGUAUAACGUAAUUCCAGAUGUCGUGCUCUCGACUGUCGUCCAGAUAACCCACACUUGUGUUAUAUCACUGCAAUCAACAACCGUAAGACGCCUAGACAUCGCAAUAAUAAACGGGCGUGCCAUUAUAAAGGCGUUAGUCCAAGGUGAAAUACUUAUGCAAACCUAUAUUAACAUCGCAACACGGAUAACCGUUGCUGAUAAUGAUACAAACACUGAUCAAGAAGAUGACGAACCUGAGGAGACAUCUCAUUAUGCCAGGAGGGGAAGUGAAAUUGUUUCAGUAUACAAUGAUCCAUUCGACAUACAGUCGGAACUGCAACAUGUGGUCCAUACAAGCAGGAACGACCGCACGGUAGAGCGCAUGAUAACGCCCAUAGAUCUGACUCGUCUUAAAGCAUACGUAAGUAUGCCUUCUAUGAGCAUUGCGGCACAAGAACCUUCUUUGUACAGUGAACGCAGGGUACACGUAUUUUCUAGAAGGAUCAAUCCACAACCAAAGAUCAGUAUAGAAAGCGUAAUACCAACAAACCAUAACAAACCCUCAAAUGCAGUCAAAAAAAUUAAACAUGUAUUCGCUCCACGCAGGCAACUAAAGAAAGGUCAAGCUAAAACAAACCUUAAUGAGCACCUGCAAUCGCAUGGCUCAUAUUAUAGUUUAUAG